AAAGAAAGAUGGCCACAGAGAGAUGGAAAGUCGACCAACUCGUCGUUUCUGCGAUGAAAGCGGCCGACGCGGUCAAGACGAAGGACAACCUCAGGAGAUGCAUCGAAGCUCUUACAUGUCUCAAGGGUCUGUCUCUCUCCUCCGAAGAUCUUCGAGAAUCGGCAUCCCUGCAAAAGCUGGAGAGACUCAGAGAUCAUCCAAACCCUAAGAUACGAACUGAGGUUCGAGAGUUGUUCUCUUCUUUCAUGAGAACUCUUUACGCCAAACCUCUUCCCACCACCAAUUCUCCUCAAGUUUCUCCAAGUCCGACAUGUUCCGUCUCGAAGAGGGUUUCUUCGGAUGAUCACAGUAGAGAGAGAUGCGACACGUCGAAGAAGAAUGAAACCCAACUCUUGGAGAUGUUUCAGGCGGCGAAGGCAGCGGCGGAUGCCGCCAACGUGAAGGGCAUUCUCUUGGGCAAGUCCGAGGCCACUCGCUGCGUUGACCUCUUGUCCAAGCUCAUGUACUUUACCGUCACUAGGAAAGUUCUUAAAGAAAACCGCAUCCAAGAGAGGCUUAAGAACCUUACCAAGCACAAGAACCGAAACAUCUGCUCUUCCGCAUCUCUCCUGCUUCAGCAUUGGACCGAGAAUACUAUCAAGAAUCAAGAAUGCCACCAAGAUUCUGUCACCAAGUUGAAUCGCGAUUCUCUGCUGAAAUGUCUCUACGCGAGCGGGAGAAGAACAAGUCCUCCCAAAGCUGUUCCGAAGAGGCCUCUCCAGAAGAAGGUGCCACCGAAUGACCCUCACCCUCCGAAAGUUUCUGCAAUCCCGAGGCUUGCCAUCCCGAAAAGGGUCAAGACCAACGAGGAGAAGAGGUCCAUGACGCAGGCUGAUAUACUGAAGAAGGCAAUCGAGUUGUCGGAGUUGUUUGAAGCAGCCAAGAAAGCAGCAGAUGCAGCCAACACGAAGGGCAUUCUCUUGGGCCGAUCAGAUUCUUCUAGCUGCGUUGAUUUUUUAUCAAGGCUCAAGACCAUUCCUGUCAAUUGGGAAGUUAUAGAGGCCCAUGGAAUGGAACGGAGACUGGAGCACCUCACCAAGCACAAGGACCGGAAGAUUUGCUCUUCUGCCACUGCCCUUCUUCAACACUGGAGGCAGAGUUCCGGACGUCAAGAACGCCGAGUUUCUACCACCAAGAUGAGCUCCUACAGCCCCAAUUUCGUUGAGGUGGUCUAGUCGGAACCAGCAA